UACGUUUGUCACUCGAAAUCGAACAGUCAGUUUCAUUCUCGGCUUUCAACCACGAGAUCGUUCGCAGACUUAAUCGACAUGGCUGUCAAGGUAAUCAUCGUAAUGGCAAUCGCCGUAUUGGCCACGUGCAAUGGCGCCGCAAUUCCAGUGGCAGUGCCAGCUCUGCCACCAGUGGCCAAACUGGCGGCUGUAGACCCUGGUCUGAACUAUGACCCCCAUCCUCAAUACACCUAUGCCUACGAUGUGCAAGAUAGCUUGACCGGGGACUCGAAGAGCCAGCACGAGAGCAGGAACGGUGACGUUGUCAGCGGCAGUUACAGCUUCAUCGAGGCUGAUGGCACAAGGAGGAUCGUCGAGUACACCGCUGACCCCGUGAACGGGUUCAACGCCGUGGUACACAGGGAGCCGGUCGCUGUCAUCAAGCCCGCUGUCAAGGUCGCUCCCCUGGCGUUCCUUCCUUAGGGAACUACCGAAACGUGCGCUCGCUAACUUCUCAAGAACCUUCAUGUUCAUCAUCAUCGUGGCAGAUCUUUGUAAUUUAACGAUUAUGCGAAACAGUUGUGUAUAGUUGCUCGCUUGUGUAGACCGAUCUUCUUUAUACAACUAGUCAUCUCACAUUGUACAUACUGCAAUCAAAUGUUUAUAUUAAAGACUUUUAUACAAUUCCA